AUACUAAUAAUCACAAUGAUGAAAAUGAUAAAAUUAUUGAUAGAAAAUGUAUUCAAUAAUAAUAUUUAAAAUAAAUAUCAACUGAAAUCGAUAAACAAGAUUAAAAAGAAGAAUAAAAAUAGCAACAAUAAAAAUAAGUAAAAAAAUAUAAUUAAACUUAAAUAUUUUUUUAAAAAAAUAGAAUUAAAAUGAGGAAUUAGAACAAAAAUUUUAAUUACUUUUAUCAAAAGCCGAAUAAUAUGCUAGCUUUUUAGUUUCACGUCAUGACUUAAAAAAAGAAAGUAAAUAAAUAAAAUGUUAAAAAAAGAGGCCAUUAUCUAGAGGAAAAAUCCGAAGAAGAACAAUUAUUAAAUGAAGAAAUAGACGAAAAUAAUGACAAUGUUCCUACAAUAUUAUAAUCCUAGCCAAAAAUUCUAAAAAAUGAAAAACUCAAAGAUUAUCAAAUGAUAGGUUUAAAUUGGCUUGUAAGCUUAUACAGAAACUGGGCUUAAUGGUAUUUUAGCAGAUGAUAUGGGUUUAGGAAAGACAAUAUAAACAAUAGCUUUAAUUGGUUUUUUAAAAGAAUAUAAAAAGAUAACAG